AGGCGAUACGAAAGAUUGAAGAUACACAACAUAGAGGGAAGAAAGAAAAAAAUAAACCGAAAGACCGUUGCCGUACGAAGCAAUAUAAAUAGCCAACGCCUUGCUGGGGCUGCUGCCAGAUUUCUGUACCAAGCUCGACGACCAACAGUAGUGUGUUUGUGCCCGAUCUCUUCUAGCGUGACGUAAAAGCAUAGAAUCAUCUUCCGCGUCCCCAUACUCAUGGUGAACAAAAUGAACAAGCUCGCUUGUGUGCUGGUGCUUGCAUUAAUUGCAUCUGUGACGGCCGAUAAGGAUGCCACCGUACUAAGGCAAGACUCGGAAGUCAACCCAGACGGUUCGUAUCAGUACGCGUACGAAACAUCUAACGGGAUCGUAGCCGAGGAACAGGGUACACUGAAAAAUCUCGGCGAAGAACAGGCACAGGUGGCACAGGGACAGUACUCCUAUACCGAUCCAGAUGGUAACCGUAUCUCACUGCAGUACAUCGCAGACGAGAAUGGAUUCCAGCCGCAGGGUGAUCAUCUGCCAACGCCACCACCCAUCCCGGAGGCCAUCGAACGUGCGCUUCGACUGCUGGCAAACCUUAGCCGAAACAAGCGUGGUUCCGUAUAGUAAAUAGCGAUAGUCACACACACACAGCGUGCCGUAGAUAGUGAAUUAGGUUUAGUGAUACAGGUACCGGGCACUUGGCAGCAACUAGUCAUGUUUCUGAAGCGUAAAGUGACAAGGAAAUAAAAACCAUCGUUUGAUUAAUGA